GUCGCUAAAUGAAAUGGACGCUGUAGAUGCGGAUGAACAGGCCUUGCAAGACGAAAUCAUUGAUAUGAGCAAGAUGAUGAAGUUAAUUAAUGAGAAGCAACUGAUCCGUAACGCUAAGAAAAUUGGUUUAAAUGACUCCAGCUUCGAAACUGUUCUAGUUGUUAAAGUUCACAAUAAUAUCAAACAUCUUGGUGUACUUUUAGACUCUAUACGCAAAAUAAGGUACAUAACUAAAAGUCUACUAAUUUUUGCCCACGACUAUUAUAAUUUCGACAUUAAUUUCAUGUUGAGACGCGUGCCAUAUGUUAGAACAAUGCAAAUAUUCUAUCCGUACAGCUCGCAAAUAUAUCCCGACAUAUAUCCUGGUAGAGACGACAGAUUUUGCAGAAGAAUGAACAGGUGUGUUUUGUCGAAUAGAAGAAAUGCUACUCUUGCGCAAUCGAAGCUUUUCUGGUGGUGGGUGACUAGUCAGGUUUUUGAUCACAUCGAUGCGCUCAAGGAAUAUGAGGGUUACAUAUAUUUUCUGGAAUCUGAGCUGUACCUGUCGUGUGACUUUAUCCACGUGAUGAAGAUGAUGGAGAAGCUUCAGCCGCUGUUUUGUCCACAAUGUCGCCUGUUGUCGCUAGCGUCUCGCCCGCCGCGGCCCGAGCAAUACAGUUCAAACAACAACUCACUAGUGGUCGACGCGUGGGGCCCGAACUUCAGUAGUUCUGUGACAGGCUUUCACAGGCAAACUUGGCACGAAAUUAAGUAUAGAAAACAGGCAUUUUGUUACCUUAAUGACUCCAGUUGGGGUAAUUCUCUAAGGUAUUUAUUUUCUACGACGCAUGAACAGAAACUUUUAGUGCUUUCUACUGAAGGACCUCGAGCGUUUUCUACUAAAGGAUGCGGAGAGUUUAGAAAUAGAACGGGGUGUUCUAUGGAUAGGGUAGUAUUGGACAUUUCUAAUUUUUUGUCAAAAAUCCAAAGAGAACUAUUUCCGGAGUAUUUUGAGCUUAAAGUCGGAGAUACUGGUACAAAUGAAACGAUGCAAGGAUAUGGGAACUGGGAAGAUGCAAGGGAUAAGGAAUUUUGUAUGUACAUUGCUAUUAGAAACAGCUGAGUGUAAUAAGCAUGUGAGUAUUUUUAAUGUCAUAUUAUGCAAGUGAAUGAAUGGCAAAUGAAGGUAUCUCCAAACUCAUGUGUUGACUGUGGGUCCUAAUAAAUUCAUUGCUUUCUGUGUUUCUCGUCCAAUAUCUGGUAAUUGUAGUC